CCAACACUGACUGCCGUAAUUGCAUUGUUUACCAUUUGGACAUUUUCUUUAUUUCGCAAUUAUAACAAAUUUUAAGGGAAAUAUAGGAUCUAAUAAUGUCGGAGGACCAUGGCAAGGACUACACGCUGGAAGCCGACUCUGAGCUGCGCUUCGAAAUCGAACAGAAGGACGCCAAAGUCCUGGUAUCCUUGGUCAAUGGAUUUGCGGAGAUGUUCGGCACGGAGCUGGUAAAGAAAAAGAAGUACGAGUUCAGCGUGGGCGCCAAGGUGGCCAUCUUCACAUAUCAGGGCUGUGUGCUGCACGUGUCCGGCAAAAUGGACGUGUGCUACAUCUCCAAAGAAACGCCGAUGGUGCAGUACGUCAAUUGCCACGCAGCUCUGGAGCAAUUCCGGAUGGAGGCCGAGGAGAAGGGCCGCCGCGGGCCCGUGGCCAUGGUCGUUGGGCCUAUGGACGUGGGAAAGAGCACGCUGUGCCGCAUCCUGCUGAACUAUGCGGUGCGCGUGGGUCGUCGGCCCCUGUACGCCGACUUGGAUGUGGGCCAGGGCUCUAUUGCCAUUUCGGGCAGCGUGGCCACCAUUCUCAUUGAACGGCCUGCGAACGUCGAGGAGGGAUUCGCCAAAACGGCUCCGCUUGUCUACCACUUUGGCCACAAGUCGCCCGGCGGAAACAGUGUGCUGUACAAUGCUGUCGUCUCCAAGAUGGCCGAGGUCACGCUGCAGUCUUUAAAUAGCAACAAGCGAACCAAAAGCUCCGGGAUCAUAGUCAACACCUGCGGCUGGGUAAAAGGAUCCGGAUAUGCGCAUCUGUUGCACGCUGCCAAGGCGUAUGGAGCCUGUGCCAUAUUUGUCUUGGAUCAGGAGCGCCUGUACAACGAGCUAUUGCGGGAUGUGCCCAAAGGUGUCAAUGUGGUGCUGCUGCCCAAGAGCGGCGGGGUCGUGGAACGCAGCAAAGAACUGCGACAUGAGGCACGAGAUCAGCGCAUCAAGGAAUAUUUCUACGGAAAUUCAAGGGCACCAUUUUAUCCGUUCAGCUUCGAAGUGAAAUUCCAGGACCUCAGACUGUACAAGAUUGGAGCGCCCCCGCUGCCGGACUCCUGCAUGCCCAUUGGCAUGAAAGCGGAGGACAACAAGACCAAGGUGGUGGCCGUCACUCCCACACCCGCCCUCAUUCAUCAUGUCCUUGCACUCAGUUUUGCCGAAUCCGUGGAGGAUGAAGUGAUUGGCACCAAUGUCGCCGGCUUUUGUUGCGUAACCGAAGUAGACAUGGAGAAGCAGGCAGUGAUGUUGCUUUCCCCGCAGCCGCGACCCCUUCCACCUAACGCCCUGCUUUUGUGGUCGGAACUACAGUUCAUGGACAACCACACAUAACAGUUGUAGAUACCUUCCUCUAGAUGUAAUUUAGGAGUUAAAAAAUGAAUUUUACGGUUUCAAAAAAAUACAGAUUUACGUGUACACAAAAA